AUGUCGCUUAGCUCCCAAGCGAGUUACUUUCCAACACUUACAGAUUUAAGUCCAGGCCCCUUCUGUGGUAGAUUUAAAGCAUUAUUAAGGGUAAACAGCUGUGUCAAGAGUGAUGAGCAUGUCCUGGAGGAGUUGGAAACAGAAGGGGAGAGGCAGCUGAAAAGCUUGCUUCAGCAUCAACUUGAUACCUCCGUCUCUAUUCAAGAAUGCAUGUCUAAGAAAGAGAGUUUUGCUCCUGGUACUUUGUACAAACCUUUUGGGAAAGAAGCGGCUGGGACGAUGACUUUGUCCCAGUUCCAGACCCUGCAUAAAAAGGACCAGGAAACAGCUUCUCUCAGGGAACUAGGGCUCAAUGAAACAGAGAUCCUAAUCUGGAAAAGCCAUGUUUCAGGUGAAAAGAGGACAAGACUAAGGGCAACCCCUGAAGCAAUACAGAACCGUCUUCAAGAUAUUGAAAAACGGAUCACAGAGCGUCAGCACAUCCUUUGCUUGCCACAGAGAUUUGCAAAGAGCAAGCAGCUGACUCGGCGAGAAAUGGAAAUUGAAAAGUCUUUAUUUCAGGGUGCUGAUCGCCACUCCUUCCUUAAGGCGCUUUAUUACCAAGAUGAUCCCCAAAAGAAGAACAAAGGUGAUCCCAUGAACAACCUGGAAAGUUUUUACCAAGAGAUGAUAAUGAAAAAACGUCUUGAAGAGUUCCAACUUAUGAGAGGUGAACCCUUUGCUUCCCACUCACUGGUGUCAGCUACAUCAGUGGGAGAUAGUGGCACAGCUGAGAACCCGUCAUUACUCCAGGACAAGGGAAAACAGGCAGCACAGGGUAAAGGUCCCAGUCUCCAUGUGGCAAAAGUUAUUGAGAUUCUACCUCAGCAGUGUUGGACUGGGCCUAAGAAGCUGACGCAGCCAAUAACAUUUGUCCCAGAAGAUGAGAUCCAGAGAAAUCGUUUGUCAGAGGAAGAGAUCCGAAAAAUUCCCAUGUUUUCUUCAUAUAAUCCAGGGGAGCCAAACAAGGUGUUAUAUCUGAAGAACCUUAGCCCUCAGGUGACUGAAAGGGAUCUGGUCUCAUUGUUCGCCCGGUUCCAGGAGAAAAAAGGACCUCCAAUUCAAUUUCGAAUGAUGACUGGACGCAUGAGGGGCCAGGCUUUCAUCACCUUCCCCGAUAAGGAUGUAGCAUGGCAAGCAUUGCACCUAGUAAAUGGAUAUAAACUCCAUGGGAAAAUAUUGGUGAUAGAGUUUGGAAAGAACAAAACACCACAAUCAAACCUCCAGACUGAUUCUCGCUUAUCAUGUGCUACAGAUAACACCACAGAAAUCAGUGACAGCUAAAAGAUAAAGAGAUUGUGAGUCCUGGGCGGUCUUUCUUGACAUAGACUCUUAGAUCUAGGGUUUGUGUAUAUGUAGCAGUUUGUUUAGAAUUGAAAGGGAGAAACGAACACAGUAGGGGGAGUCAUUAGGACAAUCCCUUGGAGAGACUAGAAAGAAAACAUCUUCUACGAUCAAGGACUAUAUGGCCAGGUGACAUGCCGAGAAUGAAGGGUAGGGCACAAAAAGUAUCCUUUUCUCACAAUGAAUGAGAAAGGAUUCUUUAAUCUUUAUACUUUUUCUGGGGUAUUCAAUAUUUGUCCGGCGAGAUUAUGUUUUUUACCCAACUGUCUCCUCUUCACAGAACAAAAGAAAAAAUGAGUUUAAUUUUGAAAUAUUAUGUACCGGUACUAAAAUUCAUCUGUUUUCAAUUUCAUCCACCUCCAGAAUCCUAGGCCUACAUAUCAACAAUAGCAGUAGGUAGUUUCAUAAAUCAGUUGACAUUUAAUGAGUGCUUCCCCACUAUGUGGUCAGUGCUUCAAAAAGCUAUAUAUAUAUUUUUAAAGAAUCAUUUAAAUUAACACAUUGGUGUUCUUAUGGAGCUUUAAGAUAGCCACCAUGAAAUAAUCAUUCAAUUCAAAGCAAUAAAAUUAACCUAUUUUCUCAUAGAUGAUGAUAUUAGAUAUCUGAAUUUUUGAAGAGGAAUGAAUAUACUAGUGAAGAGUAUUAAAGGGGAGUGGGAAGAAAGAAAUCUCUAGAAGACAGGUAGCCAUCCCCAACUCCCCAAUUGUUUGUUUAUGGCUGCUGGAGAAUAGACAAUAGAGUUACAUGGAAGUAGUACAACUUGUUAUAGCUGUACUUAUCACCCUGUGGAAUUGACAGUUCACCGAACCUAAGCCUCGGUUUUCUUUUAAAUGAGGAUAAUAAUAAGAAUGACCUCACUGAGUUGUAAAGAUUAAAUAAAUUGGUAUUGUGCAGGCUGAGGAAGAGAAACAUUGAAGAGUAAAAAAUGUCAACAGUCUGGAUCCCUUGGGAUACCAUAAAGCACACCAACACAUAUACAAUAGGAAUGACAGGAGAAAAAGAGAAAACAACAGAAAACAUUUUAAGAUCUAAUUGACUGAUAACAUCUUAAGUUUGACAACAUCCAAGUUCAAUGAGCAGCAAGAAAUCCCUAAUAGACUCUUCCUCGUGAAAAUGCUGAAAGGCAAAGACGGAAAAUCUGAGAACAACAUGGAUAAAACAAGGGAUACCAGUAAGGUUAAGAGUGGGCUUCUCAUCAGAAACAGUGGAAGCAGCAGUGAAAUAAUAUUUUUCAGAAUACAUAUAAGGAAAAACAAAAUGGCUCAGCCAGACUCCUAUAUCCAGCAAAGCUUUUUCAAUAAUGAAAGUGAAAUAAAGCCGUUCCUAGAUCAUAGAAACCUGCAAGGAUUCAUUGCUAAGAGAUCCAAUUUACAAGAAAUAGUAAAGGAAGCUCUGUAGGCUGAAAACAAAUGUCAACAGACAAUAAAUGUGAAAGGGGGAAAGGUAAAUAGUGAUUAUAAAAGACAGUAUAAAUGUUCAUUUCUUUUUCUUAGCUGAUUUGAAAAGCAACUAUAUAAAACAAAAUGGAUAUCAUUAUAAUGUUGGGUUUAUAGCAUAAAGAAAUAUGGUUGAAAAUAAUAGCACAGAGGAGGUGGAUAGAAUCACAGAUGUAUUGGACUAAAGCAAUGACUACAUGAUAAAUCUAUAGGAACAAAUUGAGAAAACAGAAAUAGGAAAUAAGAUUAAUGUACCCAAAGCUGUGAAAUUGUGUUUUCUAUUUCCGUCAUCUCUUGGCUUCUUUAAAAGAUAAAAUGGUAUGUAAACAAAUAAUCAUGACAAUAUAUUGCUGGUUUUGUAAUUUAUAGAAGUAAUAUAUAUGUAACUGUAAUACCAUAAAAAGGGGAGGGGGUGGGUAGAAUUAUAUAGGCAUAACAUUUGUAUAUCUCAUUGGAUUUAGUUAGUUUGUAUAAGACUGAAUCAAAUUCUGAAAAGAUGUAUAUGAUAAGCCCUAGGGCAAUCACUAGGAAAAUAACUCAAAAAGUAUAGUAUAGUUAAAGAAAUUACAAUAUUACAUUAGAAAAUAUGAAAUACAAAAGAAAGCAGUACUAGAGGAUUAAAGGAAAAACAGGGACACAAGACCUAUACAAACCUGUCAGUAAAAUGGCAGCCAGAUAUCCACUGAUCAAUAAUUACAUUAAACAUGGACAACUCAAAUAGUCCAAUCAAAAAAGAAAGAUUGUCAGAUGGGAUUAAAAAAAGGGAAAACUCUAACUCUAUUCUGUCUACUAGAAAAAAGACUUUAGAUUCAAAGGUGUAAAUUGAGUGUUAAAAGCAAAGAUAUGUAAUGUAAAUACCAACAGUAAAAAAGAGGUACUAGCAAUAAAGGGUGACAUUUUAUGAUAAAAAUAACAUGAAAACAGAGACAUUUAGAUACCUAAUCGUAAACACCAAAAUACAAGAAACAAAAACUGAAAGUCACAAAGGAGAAUAGUUAAGUCAGCAAUAAUAAUUGGAGGCUUUGACACACCACUUUCAGUAAUGGAUAGAAAAUUAGGCAGAUGACCAACAGGGAAAUAACAAUUCUUGGAAAGUACUGUAAGCCAGCUAAAGCUAAUAGACAGCUAUAGAACACCCCCCAGCAGCAGCAGAAUCCACAUUCUUCUCUAGAAUAAAACAGGGGCCCUGCUUUCAUCAUUGCUAUUAAGCAUGGUACUGGAGUUUUGAGCCAUGUCAAUUAAGCAACACAAAGGAAAUAAUAGCCAUUUGGAUUUUUUUAAAACCCCCCAAACUAAAUUCACUGCCAUCGAGUUUCCAAGACCGUUAACUCUGUACUGGAGAAGAUGAAACAAAAUUAUCUUUGCAGGCGAUGUGAUCUUUUAUGUAGGAAAUCCUAAGCAGUCUGCUAAAAAGCCAUUAGAACUAAUGCAUUUAUCAAAGUUUCCAAUAUAAGUGGAGUAUACAAAACUCCCAAAAUGUAUACUGUGAAAACUAUAAAACAUUGUUGGAAAAAAAUUAAGACCUAAAUAAAUGGAAAGAAAUCCUGUCUCCAUUGAUUAGAAGACAAUAUUAUUAAUAUGACAAUAUUUCCAAAAUUGAUCUAUACAUUUAUUGCAGUCCUUGUCAGAAUGCCAUCUGACAUCUUUUUAGAAAUUGGCAGCUUAUUCUAAAAUUCAUAUAGACAUUCAAGGGACCCAUAAGAAACAAAACAGUCUUGGACAAACUCAGAGGACUUAGGUAUCCUAGUUUCAAAAUCUUUUCUAUACAAGGCACAGAAAUCAAAGUUAUGUAGUACUGCCAUAGGGUAGACAUAUAAAUCAAUGGAAUAAAACUGAAAUUCUAAAACUAAUUCACUUAUCAGUUAUCAAGUAAUUUUUAAUUUUAUUUUUAGUUAUCAAUUAAUUUUUUAUAAGGAUGCCAAGACUACUCAAUGAGAGAAGAAAAGUCUUUUUCAAAAAAAAGGUGCUGGACACAAUGAAAUGUCUAUUCGUUUAAAAAAGGUGCUGGGGUAACUGUGUAGCCAUAGGCGAAAGAAUGAAGUUGAAUCCUUACCUCAUAGCAUAUAUAAAACUUAACACAGAGUGGUUCAAAGACCUGAAUAUAAGUACUAAAGCCAUACACUGUUAGAAGAAAAGCAUAUGAAUAAAUCUUUUUUGCCUUGGAUUUUGGCAGUGGAUUCUUAUUUGUGACACCAAAAGCACAAGCAAUGAAAUAAAACAUAAAUUGUACUUCAUUCAAGAUUAAAAACUUGUGUUUCAAAGGACAGGAUCAAGAUUGACCCCACAAAACGAAAGAAAAUAUUUGUAAAUUACAUAUCUGAUGAGGGACUUGUAUCCAAAAUAUAUGUACCAAACUUCAUUCUAAAAAGACAAAUAAUUCAAUUUUACGAUGGACGAAGGAUCUGGAUUGCACUUUAUCUGAAAAAUAUGUACUCAUGAAAAGAUGCUCAUGGCCUUGCCCCGCCCCACGAAUCCAGAAGUGAAAACACACCUUGCCACCAGGUCUUACCCUGUGUCUCUGCAGCACUCCAUCUCACCCUUCUGGUUGGAACUGCAGCUAAGGUAGGCUCCAGGUGGUGGCACUCUUUAGCGUGGAGGGAGCCGCCAGCUGUCACAGCAGGACGUCUCCUGGCUUAAUUUCAGCGAUAGGCUAUUGGAGCAACUUGACCACUUUCACGUUACGUGACUGAUGGUCUUGCUUUUUCUAUGGGUUGGGCCCGCGCCGCACAUACACACCUCGCCAUAGCCAUGUGCAACCGUUAUGACUCCAUUCCUGCGUUCCCCUCCCUCCUUGAGACACGUCUGACACAACAGCCACUGGUCUAGCCCAGUAUUUAGCCAGGUAGACCAACAAACAAGUGUUUGUCAGCUAUAAUCUUCAGAAUACAGACAGCAGCUUCACAUUACUUGUAGGAAACAGGAUCAAGGAAGAAAUGAAUACUUCCCCCCAAAAGUUAGCUGUGUAGCAGACGUGAGGUUUUAUAACUUAGAUGUGCUCUGAUUUUAAAUACAUGGAUUUAGUGUACCCCCCCCC